AUGAUACGUGAAUAUAGUGUUGCAGAGACAACGCGCUUCGUUGCUGUCAAAGUCUUUGAUGCGGAAUCUGGGAAAGAACAGCAGAAACUUGACCAGACGAUGCAACCGCUUUCUGGCCAUCCCCACCCUGGGCAGAAGUAUGUAGAGAAGACUCUCGACUCAUCCAUGAUCGAUGGACCCAACGGGUCUCACUACUGCAAGGUACUUGAGCCAUUGGGGACGGACUUGACUAUGAUCCUCGAGCGAAUUGAAGAGGAGCGCAUCGAAUCUAACAUGCCCAAGUUUUGGCUUGGCAGAGCACUGAAAGGUGAUAGCUGGUCAGUUCGCUACGCCAAAAGAAUCUGUUGGCAACUCCUCUCUGGGCUCGAUUAUCUGCACGGCCAAAAAAUAGCCCAUCGAUAUAUUCGGCCACAUAAUGUCUUUACCGCCCUUCAGUACGACCUGGCCUCGUUAAGCGAGAAUGAAAUUCAGCGAGAAGUCUGGAAUGAUGGAAAGAGGGAAAGUUAUGAGGCUCAAGAACAUGAACACGACGCUGGGGUUAAUGAAGAUUAUGAAGAGGCUGGCGACAAGGCUGACGACAGGGGUGACAAAGAAGGUCUAGACGAUGAUGAAGAAGGCGGCCGAGAUUCUGCGCACCAUUCUGUGGACGAAGAGGCAGAACAAAGGCAAGCAGAAUGGCAACAGAGAAUAGAGGAGCGACGCAAGCACAAUGAAACUGCCAAAACGAUUAUACAAGAAAAAUGGCAGACAUUUCGGUUAGGUGACAAGUUGGCAAUUCCACACUCUAGUGAGUGGAAUAAGGCCAAUCUCACCAAUACCAGAGAUGCCAUUGGAUUUAGUGUGCGAACCGAUGGCCAACCGUUGAAGCUAAACGAGGCCCAAUACACCGUAGCGCCAACGGCUCUAUCCAAUGACCUCGAUUUCAAUAAGCCUAUCCGGGUUCUCCUUGGUGACCUCGGCUUCUCCUGUACCUUUGAUCAAUGCAAUACAAACCCGAUCGUCACCCCAGCCACCUAUAUGCCACCAGAGGCCCUGCUCGAUAUGCCAACGACUCACAAGGCUGACAUAUUCUCGAUGGGCCUUCUUUACCGGAGAGAGUUUUGA